CCCAGGUAGAAACUGAUCAGACGAAGUGAAGACGCGAGACAGAGAAGACUCGUGUUUACACUCAGGUCCAUCUUCGGGCCCAUCACGUCUGAGCUUCGUGUCGUCAUGCGGAGUUCACCUGCCGCCAUCACCUGCAUCCUCCUGCUGUCGCUGCUCGAAGUGUCUGUCGGUGUUCAGGUGAUUGUUCCCCAGCAGGAGCGCAGCACAGCUCUGUUCGCCUCAGUGAUCCUCCGCUGCGACUACAGCACCUCUGCAAGUCUCCAAGAUGUCCUGGUCACCUGGAGGUAUAAGUCCUUCUGUAAGGACCCUGUACUGGAGUACUACUCCACAGCGUACCAGUCUGCGUUGCAGUUGGGACAGGACCCAUCCAAUGACUGUCCGGAUCGUCAGCGAACAGUGCGCGUUGUGAUCCAGAAGAGAGGAUCCAGUGAGCCGAUCCUGGGAUCAGAAUACCGCGAACGCAGGAUCUCUAUUCAAAACAAGGCAGACCUGGUGAUUAAUGAGGUGAUGUGGUGGGACAACGGUGUGUACUACUGCAACGUGGAUGCCACUGGAGACACUGCAGGAGACUCAGACAAAGAAAUCAAACUCAUCGUCUACCACUGGUUGGUUGUGUUGUUCAUCAUCAUCGGAGCGCUGCUUCUGAUCCUCCUCUUCUGUAUCUGCUGCUGCCAGUGUUGCCCUCAGAAGUGCUGCUGCUACGUGCGCUGUCCCUGCUGCCCACAGCAAUGCUGCUGUCCUGAAGAAGCGGUGAUGCAGCAUCGUAUGAUGAAGCAGGCUCGAAUGAACUGGAUGGGUGGACAGCCGGUAUAUGGACCAAUGAGCCACGCCUCGUCACAGAUGAACCCGCUGCUCUACCCAGGUUCCAUCUCAGGGAAGAGCAUCCCCAUGAAGCCAAUGCCCCUCCCUCCCCCUCAGUCCUCAGCUUACAGCAUGCCUCCUCCCAAUGUCCCAGGGAACCACACCCCUGCCAGCACCAAUCAGAUGCUUAAUUACCUGGAGAGCCAGGUGAGGGGGAUGGACAUGGCCACUCCUCUCUUACAGUCCCAGCCACCUCCACCCCCACACAUGCAGCACAUCCCACCUCCUCCCCAGCACAUGCAGCACCUCCCACCUCCUCCCCAGCACAUUCCCAUCACUGUCCCGUUUUCCCCCGGCCCUCCCAGCAUGAUCUCUGCCCUUGAUGAUGGCCCACGAGAGCAUCGCGUCAUCACACUUCCACCGAUUAGGGAGCAGUACCCAAGCAGAAUGCCACCCCCUGCACCCAAGACUCGCCCCCCAAGCUCGAGCGAGAGCAGCCGCAGUGGCUUCGGCCGCCGAGAUGAGCGAGGAGCUGCCGGUAGGCGUUACCCCUCACCCACAAGAUCUAGAGUCAUUCCCCGGAGCUACAGCCAGGACUCCCUGGACGGCCGGAGUCACAACGGGGCACGAGGAGGCAUGGACCGUCCCCGCUCCCGUUCGAGGGAUGACCUGUUCGACAACAGGUCCAGAGGAAACCACUCCCCACCAGGAUCCCGGCACCCAAGACGAGGGUCCUGGAGCUCGGAUGAUGAGGCCAGCAGCAGGAGAGGAGGAGGAGGGAGGAGAGGAGGUGGAGGCUACGCUGACCAACCACCCAUCUACUCUGAGUACGAGCCUGGACAGAAACCAGGGACACGGAGGAAUGAGCGCUACUCUGACAAGAGUUCUCGCAGUGGCACCAGCAUCGUCAUCUGAACCCUGCAGCUGUGAAACGCCCUGUGACCUCUGUUUCAGAGAACACGCACACCUCUGUAGAACUGGGAGCUUGUCGUCUGGCCGACAACUUUUAUGUAUUGAAAUGAAUUGUGAACCAGCUGGCAGAGAUGUGAUACUGAGAUAUGAGGAAUCGUUUCCAAAAAGUGUGUGGAAGGUAAAACAAAUGUUUGGUGUCAACAAGAAACCUUUUUGAUAGCCUAGAGUUGUUUUUGUUGUUUUUUUCGAUUUAAAAAAAACAAGUCUUCGGAGAUUUUUGGGAUAUUAUCUCCCCCUGCUGGUUAAUCAGUGAAAUUCAAUAUUCUGAAGUCUUAUGUGCAGUUUUAGAAUUCAUGUUUGUCCUUUUGAAACUUGAAACUUGAAUUGUAUUUAUUGCAGAAUGAAUUACUCUCAGGUCCACUAACCAAACAACACCUGUUACAAUAGAGCUUUUAUACUCACAUCAGUAUGAAUACAUUCUUGUAAAUGCUGAAGUUAGUUUUUAUCAUUUUUGUAAAUAUAACUUGUCAUAUCUCCUGGUGACUAUAGUGCAAUUGCUUUACUAAUGUUUUGAAGGAAAAUAUACAAGUGGCAUCUGUUCUGUGGUUUGUACAUAAGAAGAAUGAAGAAGAAAUUUACUGUAAACAAUGCAUGUAAAUAAGUAUUUUUCAUGGUAAUGUACUGGUCAACAAUCUUAUAGGCCAAGACAUUUUGAAGUUUGCCAACUUAACUGCCCACUCACACACCAUGUGUAUCAUGGUGUGUUUCAGAAGGACUCGUCCACUGUUAUUUUUAACGUUUUUGUUUUUAAUCAUCUUUUGUUUUUGCACUGUACAGUCAGUUUGUGUUUAUUGAUAAAGAUGAAAAUAAACAUUUUACCUUUUU